AUGACAAACGCCAGCACUGUUGACGAUCCCUUUGUUGCUGACCAUGCAGACGAUGUCGAGGUCAGUUUUGCACGCAGCUCAGGGCCGGGUGGUCAGAAUGUGAACAAGGUGAACACAAAGGUAGAUAUGCGGUUGAAGCUGGAUGAGGCUUUGUGGCUGCCAGAGGAGGCGAGAGAGGCACUGAAAAGGCAGGAGAAAAAGCGGAUCAACAAAGAGGGAGUGCUGGUGGUCACAUCGACACAGAACCGAACACAGCUGUAA